GUAAUGUGUAGAUGCUUUGGAUUAACCCACCCUCAUCUCCAAUCUAUAAUCUAAUUAUAGUUCUAUAUAAAUAAUAAUUUAAUUCUUACAAUUUCAUGUAAUCAGAUCUCUUUCUCUGACUUUAAAUCAACAAAAUAAUGGCUGAGAAAAAGGAACAAUAUUCCCAGGACGUGGUGUCCGAAUCAUCUUACAGAGAUGAAGAUGAAAGAAUCAAACAUGAUAUUUUCAAUGAGAAACCAGAUUUAUCAAAAGAAGGUAUAUGGAGAUAUUCCACUACUAGAUUAUCUACUUUACUUGAUAUUCCUGUAAAUAAAUCUGAACAAAGGUGGUAUGAAAUUAUUAACCCAUUACCAGCAUUGAGAAAGAUGAAUAGUAUGGAUUAUACAUUUUACUUCUUAGGAUUUUUAGCAUGGAGUGUCGAUGCUAUGGAUUUCUUUUGUGUUUCAGUUAGUGCUCCUGAUAUUGCUAAAAGUUUAAAUGUUAGUGUCACUAAAAUUACUUGGGGGAUUACGUUAGUAUUAAUGUUCAGAUCUGUUGGCGCUGCUAUUUUUGGUGUUGUUAGUGAUUAUUAUGGUAGAAAAAAACCAUAUAUGGUAAUUUGUUUCUUAUUUGUAGUGAUUGAAAUUAGUACAGGAUUUGUUAAAACAUAUGGUCAAUUCUUAGGGGUUAGAUCGAUCUUUGGGAUUCUAAUGGGAGCAAUGUAUCCUAUUGCGAGUGUUACAUCCUUAGAAAACCAACCUGAUGAAGCUAAAGCUGUUCUUUCAGGAUUAUUCUUACCAGGAUAUAACUUAGGUUAUAUCUUUGCUAUGAUCUUUUAUAGGGCAUUUCAAAAUACUUAUAAAGAAGGUGAAGGUUGGAGAUCUUUAUUUUGGUUUUCUGCUGGUCCAGCCGUUUUGUUAAUAAUUUGGAGAGCUUUUGUUCCUGAAUCAGAAGCUUUCUUAAGAUUACAAAAGAGUAAAGCUUUCCUUAAAAAACAUGAUCAACAAUUCAAAAAACAUAAAUUUGAUAUGAGUAUUCUUAUUACUAUUAGAACUGAAUGGUUAUUAUUUGCUUACCUUGUUUUUUUGAUGGGUGUUUUUAAUUUCUCUACUCAUGGAUCCCAAGAUUUAUAUGUUACUAUGCUUACAAAUCAAUAUGGUGUUGAUCUUAAUCUCAAGACUGUUAUUAUUGUGGUAUGUAAUUUAGGUGGUAUAGCUGGUGGUAUUGUCAUUGGACAAUUAAGUGAACUUUAUGGUAGAAGAUUAACUAUAAUAAUCAGUACUAUUUUAGCAGGGGCAUUCCUUUAUCCAUCAUUCUUUAAUUCUAAACAAAAUUAUCCAGCUUAUUUCUUUUUGAAUUUCUUUGUUAUGGGAAACUUUGGAGUAGUUCCUAUUCAUUUACUUGAAUUAGUUAAUGCUACUCAUCGUACAUUUUUAAGUGGUGUUUGUUAUCAAUUAGGUAAUCUUGCAUCAUCAGCUGCUAGUACUAUUGAAGCUAAAUUAGGUGAACAAUUUCCAUUAGAUAAUGGUAAACCAGGAGCUUAUAAUUAUGGUAAAGUUAUGUGUAUUUUUUCUGGAGCUAUUUUUGCAUCUUUAGUAGUUGCAGUUCUUAUUGGACCAGAAAAUUUCCAUCGUGAUUUAACUAUUCAUUCUGAAGUUAUUGAAGCUCCAAUUGAAGAAUAUUCCGAAAAAACUGAUAUUCCCCUGAGUGAGAAGCUGAAGCCAGAGGUUGAGCUUAGAGAAAUUGCUGAAGUGGAAAACAAAGUUUAA